UGGCCGUGCCUUGGCUGCUUUUUGUUUUGGAAAUAAAACGCAUUUUUCGCAUUUUCUACCCGCAUGCCGUGUUUUCUGUGCACACAGCCCGUGGAUGGCGCCGUGGGCAACAUCGACUUCGCCUCCGGGGAGGCUGAGUCACUGGGACUGCAGAAAAUCGUGGAGACUCACUUCUGGCUUCGGACCGGUGAUUCAGACAGCGGAUACGUCUGUGGGGCCUGCUGGGAGCAACUGCUGCUUUUCCAUAAUUUCUACUUAACGGUGGAGCAGGCCCACAGGGUGCUAGAGGCAGCAGAUGCGUCUCAGGUUGAGACGGCUCCUGCUGAAGUCGUUACAGCGACAGUGGCCUUUGAAAGCGAUGCGAUCAAGACGGAGCUGGGUGAGAGCGUGGCGGCAUCCGUGAAACGCCGGCGGGGUCGCAUCCGAAAGUCAGAAGCUUUUAUUUCUAAAGAUGCCAAUGACGAUCUGAAGUGCGUGCUAGAGCAGAUCAACCUUAACGAGAUAAAGAUUGAGUUCCCCGAAGCGGACCUGACCAUAGCCGAUGUUCUUGAUGACCAGGACCAGCACGACUUCAUGCCAAGCGACAGUUGCGGUAGCGAGGUUGGAGAGGAGAUCGUUGAUGAAGAGGCCAAGACUAAAAAGAAUCGGAAGGUGAGGGGCCGUCCAAGAGGCUCCGGACGAGGAAAACCGCGGCUUCAAGAACGGCGUGCCAAGGGAUCGGGAAUCCCCAAUCUAAAAAAGUCAGAGGAGUUUAACGAGUACAUCCGCGACCAUUUCAAGAUACAGUGCCCCAUUUGUACCACGCCGAUGGAGGGCUUUUCGGAAAUGUUAGUUCACGUCCGACGAGAACACAACCAACGCGGCUUUUCGAUGUGCUGCGGUCGCAAGUUCUGGAAGCGGGGCAUGCUUGUCGAUCAUCUGCGCCGCCACCAGGAUCCCGAGCUCUUCAAGUGCACCAUCUGCAACAGAGUAAUGGGCCAAAGACGGAGCUUGGAACUCCAUAUGCGAAUGCAUGACAUAAAGACACGCGGGCGCCUCUACCAAUGCGAGCACUGCUCAAAGAGUUUCUUUAGCUCGGUGGUCUGUGAUCGGCACAAGCUAACCCACAUCCCGCGUGAGCAAUGGCAAGUGAAGUGCACCAACUGUGAGAAGACUUUCCCGACUCAAUACACAAUGCAACAACACGUGAGGCUGGUUCAUUUGAAUUUAUAUGCCAAGAUCUGCGAUGUGUGCGGGAAAUCCAUCCGGGGACGGGAGGCUUUGGCCCGCCACAUGGAAGAGCACACGGGAGCUCCGCAGUCAGCCAUUAAGUGUCACCUUUGCGACUCAAAGCUGACCACUAAAUACGGAUUGGCGCGACAUAUUAAAAUGAUGCACACGGCCGAAAACCUGCAGCCCAUGCAGUGCGAACUGUGCAUGAAGAUUUCGCCCAGCCUUCAGGCGCACCAGCACCACAUAAAGUACACCCACAACACGGCACGGACUCAUCAAUGUCCCAUGUGCGAGAAGGCCUUCAAGAGGCCCAAUGAGUUAAAAGAACACAUGACCACCCACACGGGAGAAGUGCUCUACACCUGCCCCCAUUGCCCGCAGACUUUUAACUCAAAUGCGAACAUGCAUGCCCACCGAAAAAAGGUGCAUCGCAAAGAGUGGGAGGAGCAACGAUACCAGCGUCAAAAUAGGACACACAAAUCGGACACUAUUAUAUCUGUUAGUGUGCGAAAAACCACAGAGACCCGGCAGGAGGCAGGAGCAACUGCAUCAGGCACCGAGUGCUAGCCUUAAGGAACCCUUUAAUCCAAAUAAACCAAACGAGACACUGUACGUCUUUUGUUGUUAUCAAAUCGCGAUUAGAGGGAAUACCAUUUUUAGGAUCUGUAAUUGAAAACAGUGAUCUGGCUGUAACUGGUUUCAGCAUCUGCACUCUGAUCAUCCCGAACUGGUAAAGCGGACAUCGGUGGCCGGCGUUAUCGCGAUUAAGGUCGAAGCUGUUAAUUUAUAAACGCAUAUAGCACAUCGUUCAAUUUUUAAUAUUCCUAUUUUGACGACGAGCCCCAGGCUCAAUGGGCAGGGUAACCGGUUCAAACCAGUUGAAAAAGUGGAUUCUACCUUAUCAGUUGAUUAUGUUAUCAAGCUCGGUUCAAAAGUACCACUGCUCAUAACGUGUGUUUUUCUAUAAUUCCAAGUCAUCUGCCAAUAGAAAAUGUGUGCCAUAGAAGUUUCCAAACAUUCUUGUAAGUUUUUCUCGAGCUUUUGGAUUUUA